GGUACUAAACAGCCGGUCCAUUUUUACCCGGAACUAUGCAUUAAGGCGUAUUUUCAAGACGAAAUGCUUAGGACCGGACAGGGUGUAUGGGAUAAGCGGUCGUUUUUGUACUUAAAGACGUAGAUUUGUUUCGUAUUCCGUUAAUGUGUUUCAUAAACAUGCAUGGAUUUUAAUUGCCGAGUUAGCCCAAAAGAUUAGUAAAUAUACCGGUUCAACUCACUUGCUAACGUCAAGGAUGCAGUCCUGGGAAAAGUAUACAAACCAAGAACUCAGGCUUGGGGUCCCGUUUCUACUAGUGUAACAGUCUAACUUGCAGUGUCUACAACAUUACUCUAACGUCUCAUGAACGACUGCUUUUUGGGGAGCUAACACUAUGUAACUCCAUUUAGUAGUAAAUAUUACUGCAUGUUAAUAUUAGCAGAUUACUUUUUGUUUUAUUACGCUGGGACAGCAACGGAUGAAAACACAGAGACAGAUUGUUAUUUAUAAUUCCCUUUCGUGCCUUGUAUCUUCCGCAUUUAGAGACCAAAGCUCAAAGUCUGGAACAAGAAGCUAGAUCUCCCUAUAUCCGACUACCAAAUAAUUUCAACAGUGUUUCAUGAUUUGUGAAGAUGAGCACUCAUAAAGGUGUGUUAUGGAAGAUCCGGAUGUUAAAUAUUUUUUUGACGUCGACAAGGCGCGUACGGAUCACACGAUUACAUGGUGCGCGUGGACUUGGCACCUCCCCAGCUGCCUCCUGCCCCAAGGUGUGUAUAGUGGGGGGUGGUCCUGCUGGCUUCUACACUGCACAACACCUGGUCAAGACUCGGCCAGAUGUUCAGGUGGACAUUUACGAGCGACUACCAGUCCCUUUCGGCUUGGUCAGAUUUGGGGUGGCCCCCGACCACCCAGAGGUCAAGAACGUUAUGAACACCUUCACCCAGACAGCCCAGCACGCCAGGUGUAGUUUCCACGGCAACGUGAGUGUUGGUAAGGAUGUCACUGUGCAAGAGCUUCAGGAAGCCUAUCACGCCGUGGUGCUGAGCUACGGAGCAGAAGGAAACAGGACUUUGGGCGUACCAGGGGAAGACUUGGCUGGAGUUCACUCUGCCAAAGACUUUGUUGGGUGGUACAAUGGGCUGCCUACAAACAGAGAUCUGAGGCCAGAUCUGAGGUGUGAGACUGCUGUAAUCCUGGGCCAAGGCAAUGUGGCCCUGGAUGUAGCCAGGAUACUUCUAUCUCCUGUUGACAUUCUGAAGAACACAGAUAUUACCCAGCCUGCCCUGGACACCCUGGCAGAGAGCAGUGUCCGUAGGGUGCUCAUCGUGGGGCGCAGGGGACCCCUACAGUUGGCCUGCACCAUCAAGGAGCUGAGAGAGAUGGUGAACCUGCCUGGAACAAGACCAGAGAUGGAAGCAUCUGACUUUGAGUGCAUUGCAAAGAUGCUGAAAGUACUGCCCAGGCCCAGGAAGCGUCUGACAGAACUGCUGCUGAAAGUUGCAGUAGAAACUCCAGAGGAAACAGAGCUAGAGAGACGGAACUCGGCCAAGCGGGCCUGGGGAUUCCGUUUCUUCCGGAGCCCCGUUGAAAUCCUCCCCUCCGAUGAUCUCACCAGGGCCGCAGGGAUACGAUUGGCUGUCAACCGGCUAGAGGGUGAGGGUGAGGAUGUCUGGGCAGUGACCACAGGCGAGGUGGAGGAUGUGGAGUGUGGCCUAGUCAUCAGCAGCAUUGGCUACAAAAGUCUUCCCAUUGACCCUGCUGUCCCCUUUGACCCCCGAAAACACAUCAUCCCCAACACUAUGGGUCGUGUGCAGAAGUGUGCGGCAGGUCUAUACUGCAGUGGCUGGGUGAAAAGGGGUCCCACAGGUGUGAUAGCAACCACCAUGAAUGACAGCUUUGACACAGCCAGGACCCUCUUACAUGACAUGGAUGAAGGGACACUGGACAUCUCCACAGUCAAGCCUGGCUCAGCGGGGGUCACCACCAUACUGGAGAAGAGAGGAGUGAAGCCAGUGUUGUUCUCAGACUGGGAGAAGAUAGACAGUGAAGAAUCAAAGAGGGGAGAAGCCAGGGGAAAGCCCAGGGAAAAGCUGCUGGAUGUGGGAGAGAUGCUGAAGGUGGCCUGGACAUAGGGGCAACACAGGGCAUUUGGAACAGAGGACUCAACAACUAAGAAAUGAAAGAAACACUGACACAAAAAAACCGAAUAGUUUCCAACCGAUUAUAACUGAGGCAACCUGGUUAUAAUGGAAUUCUACACUGAUGUGCUAAUUAAAUGGGAACAUGGCAUACUAAAAUGGGCACUUCAGUUUUGAUGGUGAGAUGCUAAUAAAAACAUCAGGUGUUUUGUUUUAUGCAUGUCAGAUGGGAAUCCCUGUUGUAAAGUAGAAUGAGUAAAAUGUAACUUAAUUUGUCCACCCCAGGGGCCAAUUUCUUUGAUUUCAUGAUUUUGCAUAUUGGAUUGGAAAUGGAUACGAUAACUAAGUAAUAGGUUGAACAAAUCAUUGUUUUAAUGAGGAUUUGGUUUCAGUGCUUUGAGUGUUAUCCCAUAGCUGAAAUACAGAACUUAGUGUUGCUAUUUUCUGUCUAGACAACAAAUCCAUCCAUAAAACAGUUAAACUGUUAAAAGGGAGGAAAUAUUUUUAUAUUUUCUGUCAUAAGUUGAGUGAUUUCUUUUUAACUAAGCUCUACAUUAUUGACACCCUUGAUAAAAAUCAGAAGUAUAAAAAAAAAUCUGAGCUGCUGUGUAACCACGUAGAACUGUAUUUCUUGCUAAUGCCAUUGUUUUAGAAAUCGGGUUUGAGUAACUGUUUUGAUGCUAGUAAUUGUGAAUUCCAAAUUAGUGACAUUUAUUAUUUACCUGAAAUGCUCAAACAGAGGUAUUCCAGAACGUUGGAUUAGUAACUUAUAUGUCUGCCUAUGCAAGAAUGAGCUGUCAAAACAGAACUGAAGCAAACUGAGGGGAAUGAGUGGUUGAUGGAGCUGUGGGUGGGAUGCCCCCCAUACUGCACUGCUUACAAUGUAUACAAAUCUACACCUAACGCAUUCAAUUCAGACCAAAUAAAAAGUGCACCACGACA